AUGGGAAGAAGUCCAGAAAUCGAGGCAGCCUUCCGGCCCCUCCGAGCCGGUGAGCUUCAGGUCCUCCGAUCGCAAUAUGAGAAGGAGGGCAUGUAUGCUGGAGUCCAGACGAAAUUCAACUACGCAUGGGGCUUGAUCUGCGAAGACCAACGAUCCGAUCAACAAGAAGGUCUCCGCUUGCUAGCGGAGAUCUUCAGAGCCGCCCCGGAGCGCCAACGGGAAUGCCUCUGGUACAUGGCCUUGGCCAACUACAAGCUCGGCAACUACGGUGAAUCGCGCCGACUGAACGAUGCGCUACUUGAACACGAGGGCAAGGAUGAGCAAGGGAAGUGGAAAAACCGUCAGGCGUCGAAGCUGGAAGAUGCCAUCAACGAAAAGGUCACGAGGGAGGGACUGAUGGGCAUUGCUAUUAUGGGAGGCUUAGCUGUUGCGGCGGGUACAGUGGCCAGUCUGGUCUUCAAGGGCGUUCGAAGACGGUGA